CGACGCACGGCUCCGGCGCCCGCCGCCUCCCGCCCCAGCUUUCCUGAGGCGGCCGUACAAUCCUCGGCAGUGUCCUGAGACUGUAUGGUCAUCUCAGCCUCCGCGUCUGCCCGGCUCCGGACUCUGCCAACUCCCGUCGUUUUCAAGCCACUUCUUGUAUUUUGAAAACCCAGAAAAGCGACUCCUGACUCCUUUUCGAAGGAAAAAGAAACUUCAGCCCCCUGCUCGCUGCCCCCCGCCGCCCACUUUUUUUUUUUUUUUUUUUUUUUGUUUGACAGCGUCCUUCCACUCCUUUCCCGACCCCGCCUCCCGGCGCAGGUUCCUCCCCGUCACCUUUCUCCACCCCCUCCCCCGCACCAAGCCUGCCGCCCGCAACUUCCACCUGACCGUGCGGACGCUCGGGACCUGCGAGCACCUGGCACCUUUCACACCGGCGUGGGCCUCGAGGAGUGGGCUAGGGCCACAGCGAAAGUAGCGGCUGCAGCCCCCGCCGGCCCUGGAGCUCAGGUACUCGGAGCCUCAUAGGGCCCCAGCGACAAUGACAGCUGACAAGGAAAAGAAAAGGAGCAGCUCAGAGAGGAGGAAGGAGAAGUCCCGAGAUGCAGCCAGGUGCCGGCGGAGCAAGGAAACAGAGGUCUUCUACGAGCUGGCGCACGAGCUGCCCCUGCCCCACAGCGUGAGCUCACACCUGGACAAGGCCUCCAUCAUGCGGCUGGCCAUCAGUUUCCUGCGCACGCACAAGCUCCUGUCCUCCGUUUGCUCUGAAAAUGAAUCUGAAGCCGAUGCUGACCAGCAGAUGGACAACUUGUACCUGAAAGCCUUGGAGGGUUUCAUUGCCGUGGUGACCCAAGAUGGUGACAUGAUCUUUCUGUCGGAGAACAUCAGCAAGUUCAUGGGACUCACACAGGUAGAGUUAACAGGACACAGCAUCUUUGACUUCACUCAUCCCUGUGACCAUGAGGAGAUCCGUGAGAACUUGAGUCUCAAAAAUGGCUCUGGUUUUGGGAAGAAAAGCAAAGACAUGUCCACAGAGCGGGACUUCUUCAUGAGGAUGAAGUGCACGGUCACCAACAGAGGCCGCACGGUCAACCUCAAGUCAGCCACCUGGAAGGGAGGGACAAUUGGAGAACCCACAGUGGCACACCUGAUGUCUAAGAGAAUCACAGAACUGGUUGGCUACCACCCUGAAGAGCUACUUGGCCGCUCAGCCUAUGAGUUUUACCAUGCACUGGACUCAGAGAACAUGACCAAAAGCCACCAGAACUUGUGCACCAAGGGUCAGGUGGUGAGCGGCCAGUACCGGAUGCUUGCCAAGCAUGGAGGCUACGUGUGGCUGGAGACACAGGGGACGGUGAUCUACAACCCUCGCAACCUGCAGCCCCAGUGCAUCAUGUGUGUGAACUACGUCCUGAGUGAAAUUGAGAAGAAUGACGUGGUGUUCUCCAUGGACCAGACGGAGUCGCCGUUUAAGCCGCACCUCCUGACCAUGAACAGCAUCUUUGAUAACAGCGGCAAGGCAGCUGGGUCUGAGAAGAGCAACUUCCUCUUCACCAAGCUGAAGGAGGAGCCCGAGGAGCUGGCCCAGCUGGCACCCACUGCGGGAGACACCAUCAUUUCUCUGGAUUUCGGGACCCCGAACUUUGAGGAGUCCUCAGCCUAUGGCAAGGCCAUCCUGCCCCCAGGCCAGCAGUGGACCGGAGAGUUGAAGAGCCACAGCGGCCACAGCGAGGCCGGGAGCCUGCCCGCCUUCACCGUGCCCCAGGCGGCCGCCCUGGGGAACAGCACCCCCAGUGGCAGCAGCAGCAGCAGCUGCUCCACGCCCAGUAGCCCUGGAGACUAUUACACAUCUCUAGAUGACAAUCUGAAGAUUGAAGCAAUCGAGAAGCUCUUUGCCAUGGACACAGAGACAAAGGACCAGUGUGGCACCCAGACUGACUUUAAUGAGCUAGACUUGGAGACCCUGGCGCCUUACAUCCCCAUGGACGGAGAGGACUUCCAGCUCAGCCCCAUCUGCCCCGAGGAGAGCCUUCUGCCAGAGACCCCCCAGUCAACCCCCCAGCACUGCUUCAGCACCAUGUCAAACAUCUUCCAGCCGCUGGCUCCAAUGGCCUCUCACAGCACCUUCCUCCUGGACAAGUAUCAGCAGCAGCUGGAAAGCAAGAAGACGGAACCUGAGCAGCGGCGUGUGUCCUUCGCCUUCUUUGACGGUGGGAGCAAGGUGUCCCUGCUGCAGUGCUGUGGCCAGACCUGCACCCCUCUCUCCUCCAUGGGAGGCAUAUCCAACACACAGUGGCCCCCUGACCCACCAUUACAGCUGGGGCCCAUGAAGUGGCCUGGUGAAGAUCAGCACGCAGAGGCCUUGGGGGCAGCACCCUUGGGGCCUCCCAUUGCCACACCCCAUCUCGCCAUGUUCAAGAAGAGGUCUGCCAAGGGCUUCGGGCCUCAGGGUCCAGAUGUGAUGAGCCCGGCCAUGAUUGCCCUCUCCAACAAGCUGAAGCUGAAGCGACAGCUGGAGUAUGAGGAGCAAGCCUUCCAAGACAUGAGUGGGGGGGAUCCGCCAGGCAGCAGCACCUCACAUUUGAUGUGGAAAAGAAUGAAGAGUCUCAGGGGUGGUGGGACCUGCUCUCUGAUGCCGGACAAGCUGCCAAAUGCAAACGUCCCUAAUGAUGAGUUCAUCCAGAAUCCCGUGAGGGGCAGGAGCCAGCCCCUGAGACACUUACCACCACCACAGCCUCCGUCUGCCCCUAGCCCGGGGGAGCCCGCCAAGAGUGGGUUCCCCCCGCAGUGUUACGCCCCCCAGUACCAGGACUACAGCCUACCAGCGGCUCACAAGAUGUCAGGCAUGGCAAGCCGGCUGCUCGGACCCUCGUUUGAGCCUUACCUGCUGCCGGAACUGACCAGAUAUGACUGUGAGGUGAACGUUCCUGUUCCGGGAACCUCCACGCUCCUCCAAGGAGGGGAUCUCCUCCGAGCCCUGGACCAGGCCACCUGAGCCGGGGCCGCCCACCGACAGGCACCCUUCCCACGCCGUCCCACCAGCUUCACGUUCUCCGUCUGUUUUUUGCAACUAGGUAUUUCUAACACCACCACACUUUUUACAAGAUAUACUUACCUGGCAAACUUGUCCAGGUCACUGAGUAGUGGCCUUUUUCUGAAGAUGCUCACUUUAUUAUCCAUAUUUUUAAAAUAUAAUUGUUUUACCUGCUAUGUUUUGCUCUGUCAAUGGAAAUGUUCUUAAAUUUUAUAAGAUUUUUCUUUCCCCAAAUUCUAAUUUAUAAUAUUCAUGGGUCUGUCUCACACACACACAAACAAUAUUCAUAUUAACAAGUUUGGUGUAUGUUUGUUCUCUUUUCAGGAAAGCUUUGGCUUCAUUUAACUAAAAAAGAUUUUGUUGUUGUUGCCAAAGAGAAACAAAAUAAUCUUGCUUUCUAAGCUUGAUUUUUGGCCUCUAUCUCUCAGCCCUCCUUUCUUUUUUAAGACUAAUCACUGUAUUGUAAAUUUCCAUCUUUUUUUUUUUUUUAAGCCAACUCUUUGCUCUAAUUUUAAUAUGACUUUUGGGGGUAAAAAAAGAAAUGUGAAGGGUAAACUCCAUUGUGUGUGGUUAUCUAUGAAAGUUGCACAGUAUGGCUUUUCUUAAACUGGUGUUUUUCCCCUGCAUUUGGUGGAUUUUUUUUUAAUUAUUAUUAUUCAAAAGCAUAACUGAGUUUUUUAAGAAAGAAAAUUUAUAUCUGGGUUAAGUGUUUAUCAUAUAUAUGGGUACUUUGUAAUAUCAGAAACGGAAAUGGAAUCCUGCUCACAAAAUCACUUUAAAAUCUUUUUUUAAGCUGUUGAUCUUUUUCCUGAUGUUGCUGACACUGCAGAAUUGUACAGAACUCCCACAGGCCUGUACUAACCUUGCUCAAGGUCUCUCUCUGUUGGCUUUUUGCUUUCGGGAUAUGCCAUAGGCGUGACAAAUAAUCCAGAAAGUGGAAUCAUUAAGUGGGAGCAUUGCGAGCUGUCUUCUCCUCGUGUUCUAUAUGUAUUUUGUAUGUAUGUAUGUAUGUAUUAUUAUUACUGCCAAGAGGGUCUGAUGGCACGUCAGGGGUGGGGGUGGGAUGAUCUAAGGGAGGGGAAGUGCUUUAACUCUUCUUAAGAUUUUGUUGCCAGCCCUUCAAGUGCACUGAGCUGUGUGACUCUAAUGGUCUCUCAUGUGGCAUUUGGAUACUUCCAGAACACCAUGAGGUGGUUUAAAUGGGAAUUCAUGAAACGGUGCAGAUUCAGAAACAGUACAGCGAUCCAGUGCACGUCCAGCUCACCACCGUGGAGCCCAUGGAGUUGAACCGGGGGUGGGGUGAAGGUGCAGAAAGGGGGCCCUUGGUCCUGACCAGCCUCAUCCUCAUGCCCCUUCCCCAUGGGGCCAGGCCCUCAGAUCACCCUGCAAUAUCAAGGUGCAGCAAGCAGACCUCCGGGGAUGGCCCCUGGGCCUCCUUGAGGUCUGUCUGUUCCCAGAAGUGACAUAUAUAGGUAGGAAGCACUGAAAACAGUCUCCUAAAAGUGCCUUGUAACUCACCAGGUAAGAGGGACAGUAUCACUUGUUUUCAAAAUACUAGCCACAUGGAACUUUUCCGUCCUGGGUACAACGACGACGUUUCUAGAAACACACAAAGCGAAACACAGCAAAUCGAGAAUCUGGUAAGCUGGAUGAGCUUAUUGCCCAAAACAAAAUAAUAUUUAAGUUUCAAAAGAAAAAUUGCCUAGUCACUGUGUUGCCCAAAUUGUACUUUAGCACCGCAGCCCUGCCGCACGCACAGUGGGCUGCAGAACCUGAAGGGCUACUGACGUGUAAGCGCUGGUGUUUGAUUUUCUGUGUUUGCCUCAGCAUUAAGGGCAUUUUACCCUUGCAGUUUUACUAAAACACUCUGAAAAAUAUUCCAAGCUUCAUAUUAACCUUAUCUAUCAACAUAAUGAUUUCGUGAACAUUAUUAUUUUGUCCAAUUCCUACUGACAACGUUAUUACUAUAUGGGAGCUUAACUUUAUAAGGAAAUGUAUUUUGACACUGAUAUCUUAUUAAAGUAUUCUGAUCCUA